AUGAUCCUGGACACAAGCAAGUCGUCCCUCGGCUUGCCCCUGGUCGGCGGUGACGGGGAAGAGGAUGUGGUUGAGAAGGGCGAGGGCGUCGAUUCUUUCGGCGCGCCAGGAUCGACGCCAGCUGUGCCGUCGGGGCAGCCUCCCGGUUCGCCCAGGAUGAUCAUGGUGAACCAGGCGAUGGGAUUGCUCCUCCUCGCGACCGUAGCAGUCGCAUGGACGUCACCACCAGCCAUUUGGACGAGGCCUGCAUUCACCGGAGCGGGGGUGCAGCUCGCAGAGCUGCCCGGAAGCGAGGCCUCAUGCGUCCAGGCAACGGGCGGGACGUGCUUCGUUGGUGGAUGCGCAGCCGACCGUGGGAACACCACCUGCAGGGUGACACCCGGCAUCAAGUUCGCGGGGUGGCACACGUGUGACUGCCAAUACCCAACUCCCUGCGCCCACAGUAACGGGACAUGCCACGCGUCUCCAGAGAAGGGCUGGCGCAUGGGCCUGCGGGGUGAGAGCGAGUGGACUCUGGGUUUCGUGCUCGCCCCGAUCAUGAGAUCUGGCGUGACACAGGUAUUCACGCAGUUCUUCGCCUUCGACCACAUGAUCAGCAUACCGCAGCCCCCGUUGACGCUUGACUACAAUGACGGAAAGUACGGCACGUGGGAUGGCCUCCGAAUGGCGUCGAACUUUCAGGGGCAUCGCUACCAAGCAUACUUUGUGAGCGCGGUGAAACUUGCUGGGUUUCACUGCAUGCAGCCCGUGCUUUUCAUGCUGCCAUAUGCCGCUUAUUCGCGUAGCAUGGGUUGGGUGCAGUUUACUUGUGCGACCGUAGUUGUCGUUGGCGAGGAGCAGUUCAGAGCGCUGCUGGAUGGAGUUGCUACAGCGGCGAGGCCGGCACCACCAGAGGCGCCGCCACCGGCCAGGCCAGACCCGGCCACUGGAAUAUCGCCGCAGCAGCUGCAGAGGGUGAUCAUGAUGGUGCGAGACCAGGUCCAUGGGUCCAGCCGAGCAGGUCGGGCAACCGACACAGCAGGCGAAGGACGGGCCAGUGGGGCAGCACCAGAUCAAGACGAAGAUCCGUGGCAGCGUGGAGACCCCUGGAGCCACAGGCGCACCGGAGAGCGAGACGCCUCAGACGGCGUCGAGGACUACGCCAACCGGAGCGGCUGGUGGAAGUCCGGCUGGAGGGACAGCUGGGACGACGGCUGGAAGGGCGACUCCACCUGGAAGGACUGGAGCGGCUGGGGCGAGCGGGGCAAGGACUUCGCCGGCCCGGACGCCUGGAGCAGUUGGAACGAGUACAAACUAUGGAAGAUGGACGACCUAUCGGAUGAAGUUCUCACUUCCAAUAACGGCGCUGACAAAAUCAUAGAGCGCCUGGACCUCCUGUCAGGCGAGAAGGUGGAUGACGAGAAAAGGAAGGCCGGAAGGGAGUGUCUCUUCUCAUUCCCACGACGGCAGGGAGAAGGACUCACCGAGUACGCCGCCCGCAUCGACCUGGCAUUCGACAAGGUGGCGACACUAGGUCUUCCAGUCCCAGAGGACUGGAAGUUCAUGUUCCUGGAAGAGGGCGUCGGCGGUCCCGAUGAGAGAGGCCAGCAGUUGAUGAGGGCCAUGAUGAAGAUCUGCGAUUCCUACUCCGAGGCUCUCGCCGCGAGCAGGGAGAUGGACGUCGCCCGGAGAGGGCACCUAUCCUUCCAGAAGAGAUCGUUCAUGGCGGACAGCAGUUUCCCCAAGGAUGAGCCCACCUUCUCCGUACAGACGGACGAUCUCGACCUCGACUCCUCCCUAGAGGACGACGACGUCUCCUCGUUAGACACCGACGGCGAGCAGCAGGUCUACGCGACGCUGGAGGGCCUUGGCCUGUACGACGACGAGCUUCCACGGGCGUUUGCGACCAUGCAGGAGGAGAGGCGCAAAACGUGGAAGCAGAACCGGGAUCUCAAGCGCAAGAUGAAGGUGGAUCGCAAGUUCUUCGAUCGCAGCAAGGACAAACCAGAGCCGGCCCACAGGCAGCCACGCGGGCAUCGCGCUGCCAAUGGGCAGAGCCACGACCCGGAUUUCGACAGCGCCACCGCCACCUUCAUGAGCGUCGACCCAGGCGAGAUGAUCGUCGACACCGCAGCGGGUCAAGGAAAGAUGGGGGUCAUCGAGCUGGACGUCUUCAAAGAGGAGAAGAACAGGUACGACGGCAGGGGCGACCGGGAAGGCGAGAGGCUCGUGAACUUCGGCGUGAACUCCGUCAAUGGCCCCCGAGGCUCCUCCACCUCCAAGGGCAAGAAGAAGGAGCAGACCGAGGCGCAGCGCCGGGCCAACCGUCCAAUGACGAUGGGCGAACAGCUGGGCGAUCACCAGCAGUGGACCUACGCGGCCACCGGAGCGCCAGUUCCACAGUCCAUGAGCCGCGGCCAGAGGUCGUGGGCGGCUGUGGUGGGAGCCAUGAUAUUCUGGCUCUCGAAGCUGGCCGACGAGUUCGGCAGGAUGAUGAUCAAUCGACGCUUCUGGCCGACGAAUCUCGUCAGACGCAUGCGGGUGAUCCCGCCGCAGUUCUACGCGUGCCGCCACAUUCCCAUUCACGUGGAGUUUGGCAGCAAUGGGCAUGGGCGUUGGUGGGUGCGUGGGCUGUGCACCAUGCGAGUCGCCUACCAGGACACCAAGCCAGACAAGUCCACGCCCAAGAAGGAGAUGACCUGCGUGUGCAAGCGCCAGACGGCCGCCUGCUCGCUAUGUGGAAAGGGCUUCGCCCAGCUGGGCGGAGCCGAUCCAGAGUGGCAGGCUCUAGUGGCAGCCCCAGCUCCUCCGCCAGGAGUACCAGCGGCGAGAACGUCGGCAGGGACGGUGCCGCCAUGGCCAGCAUCGGUCGACGCUCAGGCGGCUGGAACACCCUACCAACAGGUCGAGGCGGAGCAGCCCGGCGUGAUCAUGCGCGACGUGGAGGAGCAGGCCAAGGAGCAGAGGGCCCAGCGUCGCCGACAGGCGGCGCCCUCUCCAUCCAAGAGAGCGGCGAUGGAGCCCUCGGCCAGCUCGGACGACGGCGGCGACGAGACCAUGCGCCUCCCCCAGCAGAUCGCCGACAAGCAGAAUCAGCAGGAUACCUCCAUCAACCAGCUCUGCGCGACGGUGUCGGGCCAGAUGGAGGCUGUCGCGACGCUCCAGUCGAAGCUCCAGCAGCUCUCAGCGCCUUCGUCGAUGGCGCGGGCCCUGACCGGGCCCGCCGCGACGAAGGCACCGCCUCCACUGAUGACGAGAGAGCCGGUGCCCAAGGCGCCACAGGCAACAGGUCGGAAGAGCGAGGCAGGGGAUCCGUGGACGCCGACAGAGAACCCAGAGGAGGCCGCCUGGAGGCAGCAGCAGCAGAUGAAGGACGCCGAGAAGAAGCGCCUGGCCAAGGAGGGGUGGGAGCAGACUGGGUGGAAGACGUGGAGUCACGAGGGCGGCGGCAAGUGGGCCUGGGCCGACACCCAGGUCCUCAGAGGCGCCCAAGCCAAGCCAGAGGUGCUCAAGUUUGUGCAGGACGAGUACCGAUGUGGCGAUUGCGCUGCGCACUCUCGUCCAGCCAGCAGUCGCCUCGUGGCGGUACCUAGAACGUUCGAGGUUCAGUACAAGCGUCUUAGCCCAGAAGAGAAAAGGGAGUUCGACAUCUCCGACGCGAACGAAUGGAAAGCUCUAUCCGAGGGAACCAAGCCUGUGAUAGUGCACCCCCCCAAGGAAGCCAAUGAGCUCCGCCGCACGGGCGGGGCGUGGCCGGAGGGCGCCGACGUCAUGGGUCUCGACAAGUCCAACAUGCAGCUGUCUGCACCGCCCAGGGUUCCAGGCAUGGACCGGGGCGGGCUCGGCGGCCUCGUCGGUGGCGCCCAGCUGCAGCAGCAGACGGCGCCGUCCCCCCUGGUGGCGCGGCCAGCGUCCGCGACGGGACCAGCGCUGUUCGCGGUGCCAUCGGUGCCGGCGGGGCCGCCCAUGGGCGGCCUGGAUUCCCUGGCCAGUGCCAUCGGCGCGCAGAUGCCAAACGCCGAGGGCAAGAUUGCGUGCUUCGUGCAUGGCAAGUACAGGAGCAUCGAUUGCCUCAGGUCCGACGAGAACGGCAACCUGGUCUGCAGCCCCGGGCUGGAGUGCAAGGUCUUCAGCGACCAGCCCCCGCCGGGCGUGCCCGGCGGAGGUGCGCCGCUGGCGGGCGGGCCGCCUGGGCCCGGGGGCAUGGCUGGCGGCGGCGGCGGCGGGGGCAACAUCAUGUGCGCCAACCACAAUAAGAUGAGGAAUGCCAAGUACCUCACGCUCGAUGCGCAGGGGCGCCGGGUCUGCAUGCCAGGCUACGAGUGCAAGGGCCCCGGGGCUGGGGGCUUGCAGCCGGCUCAGACGCAGACGAUGCCCUGCUUCCUGCACGGCAAGAUGCGCAGCCUCGACAGCUUGGUGCACGACGGCGCAGGCAACCUCGUCUGCGCCCCUGGCCGCCAGUGCAAGGGCGCGGGCCCUGGCGGCGCCAACCCCCCGCCGCAGAACACGCAGGCGAUGACGGAUGCGCUGAAGGCGGAGGCCAUCGCGGCACAGCAGCUCGGCAGCCUCAUGCCGCGGGGGUUCAGCAGCGGCCCGUUGGGUGCGCGGGCGGCGUCGGGGGAGCUGCGGGCGCUGCUGCGCCUGGCGGCGCCGAUGGGCCUGGUGCAGCUGGGGCUGGUGGCGCUGCGCCUCCCAGGGGGCAGCGUGGCGCUGGGCCUGGUGGACACGCUGAUGGUGGGCCGCAUCUCGGCCCUGGGAGGGGUCGCCCUGGGGAAUUACUGGAAGUUCUUCUGGGUGACGUUCGGCCAGGGGUGCCUCGUGGCGCUCGACGGCCUCAUCAGCCGCGCCGUGGGCGCCGGGGACCGCGAGGGCGUCGGCGCCGGUCUGACCGGUGGCCUGGUGCUCGCGGUGCUGUACUCGGUCCUGUUGUCCCCCCUGUUGCUGCUGUGCGGGCCGGCCUUGAGAGCCCUGGGGCAGCCGGCAUCGCUGGUGCCGUUCGCGUCGCGGUAUUCGGCCGUGCAGGUGCUCUCCGUCCUCCCCGCGCUCCUCUUCGUCGUCCUCCGCCAGACGCUGCAGGCGACGGGUUCCAUGGGGCCCCUCCUGGCGGCCGUGCUCAUGGCGAACGCCCUCAACGUGUUCCUGAGCGGCUGGGCGCUGCUGCUGGCGGUCGCCGUCCUCGGCCGCGGCGCCCUGGCGCCCCUCGUCGGCCCGCGCGCGGCCGCGCGGGCGCUGCGGGCGGGGCCGCUCCUGCGGCUGGCCGCCCUCGGCCUGCCCGUGGGGGUCCACCAGGUGACGGAGAGCCUGGCGUUCGCGGUGAUGAUGGUCCUGGUGGGCCGCCAUGGCGUGGUGGCCGUCGCGGCACACCACAUCGCCAUGUCGGUCGCACAGUUCACUUGGAACGUCGGCCUCGGCAUCAGCUCGGCCGCGGCCGUGCGCACAGGCCGGGCGCUGGGGCGCCGGGAUGCGGCCGGCGUGCAGCGGGCGGGCGUGGUCGCGAUCGCCUUCACAACGGCGCUCAUGGCCGUGCCGAGCGCCGCGAUGCUCCUGCUGCCCCACUGCCUGGCCUCCCUGUGGACCUCGGACGCGCGCGUGGCCGCGCAGGCGGCGGCGCUGCUGCCGGUGGCCGGGGCCUUCCAGAUGUUCGACGGCAGCCAGACGGUGGCCUCCGGGGUCUUGCGCGGCCUUCUGGACACACGGAGCGCGGCGCUGCUGGCCCUCUUCGGCUACUGGGUGGUGGGCACGCCGCUCAGCGUCGUGCUGGGCGGCCGCCUCGGAGCCGCGGGCGUCUGGUGGGGCAUGGUGGCGGGCCUGGCCUCCACCUCGGUGCUGCUGCAGCUGCGGGUGGCGGACCGGCUUCGGCGCGCAGGGGACGUGCCCGGAGCCGAGCUUGCGUAG